GAGAUGAAGAUGAAGAAUAUACUCCUAAAACUAAUUUUGUUCAACCUAAACUGCGUGCAAUGUCAAAAAAUGGACUCCAUUGAAAGCACGGUUCAGAAAAAGCCUGGAGAAACUCUGACUCUGUCCUGUAGAGGAUCUGGAUUCAGCUUUGACUGCUGUAGCAUGCACUGGAUCAGACAACAAGCUGGAAAACCUCUUGUGUGGAUGGGCCUGGGCUACAGUUCGGGAAGUGGACACAAGGCAGAAUCCUUUAAGGAAAGACUUGAAAUCAGCAGAGAUGAAUCGAAAAGCAUGAUGUAUCUGAAACUGUCCGGACUGACAGAAGAGGACUCAGCUGUGUAUUUCUGUGCAAAGUAAUCACCGUGACACUAACAUAUGUGAAAAUGAUACAAAA